GUGAGGAAGCUGAACAGGAGUAACCGUGUAGGAUUUAAACCAUCAUAGCUGCUUUUGUCCCUUUCUCUCACCCAUCCCACAGUGAAGAUGGCUGAGGCAUUUUGUGCUACUUGGAAGCUGAUUGACAGCCAGAACUUUGAUGAGUACAUGAAAGCAUUAGGAGUUGGCUUUGCUACUCGUCAAGUGGGGAAUGUUACCAAACCAACUGUGAUCAUCAGCCAGGAAGGUGACAAAGUGGCGAUUCGAACACAGAGUACUUUCAAGAACACAGAAAUAAGCUUCAAACUGGGAGAAGAAUUUGAUGAAGUUACUGCAGAUGACAGGAAUUGCAAAUCUGUUGUGAGCAUGGAUGGUGAUAAAUUGGUUCACGUACAAAGAUGGGAUGGCAAGGAAACAAACUUUGUUAGGGAAAUUAAAGAUGAUAAAAUGGUCAUGACUCUCACCUUUGGUGAUAUUGUUGCUGUUCGCCAAUAUGAAAAAGCAUAACAUCUGUCAGCUUAUUGUCUGGGGUAUUAAUACUUCUCGAUGAAAGAAGACCUGUCUUCAGAAAAGCCAUCUUUGAAGUAAAAAUUGCAUAGCUGAUGUGGAAGGAACACCAAAUGCUACUUUUUUAUUUUUAAACUCUAUGCUAUCAAUUUGGAAACAUGUUGUUUUGUAAAUUCACCACAA